GUUGGAUCAGAGAGAAGUAUAUUUACAAAUAGGAAAGAUAUGCUAGGUUAGAAGCUCAGUUGUGCCCCAUCAGCCCGUGGCGUUAUUCAGCCUCACACAAUCCGGUGAGUACAUGGUCGCCAACAUCUCCGACAGACCAAGGUUCCCAUCUCAAAUGGAGCAUUCAUUUCCCAUGUCUUGUCCGUAUCUGAUAGAGGUGAGAAGCGAAAUAACGCGAGGACAGACUUUUGGUUCGAAAAAUAUUCCUAGGGUGCGAGUGAUAGUAUUCCGUUAUUCCCCGAACCGGGUAUUUCAGCUGCGUUUCUUCACCAGUCUAACUAAUAUUGUCAGAGCAUCUUCAGGUGACGAAAUAUUUGCACAUAAAAUACUAAACCCGGAGGAAACCGAGCAACCAGAUAUACGAUUUAGACUUUCAAACAAAAGCGUGGUAAAUGAAGCUGUAACUUCGUAGCGGACUAACGCUACCUAACGUUCCUCAGUCAAUGGUCUGCCGAACGAAACCGACGUCACCACACUGUCUCCUAAGCACGUGAACAUGCG